ACCCAGCCAUUAAGAAUCAUUAAUAUUCAUGUUUCAAAAGUACUUAUAGGUGGGGUGCUUUGAAAUAACUUUACUAACAACAUCUUCGGUACUGCUGGUAGUGAACAUGAGUUUCAACAAUAAAGUAGUGUUGGUGACCGGAGCCAGCUCUGGUAUCGGAGCUGCUGCGGCGGAGGCGUUCAGUUCAGAGGGAGCUCAGGUUGUGAUGGUUGGACGGAACGAGACCAAGCUGUCGGCCGUGGCUGCGAAAUGCAACAAACCUUUCGUCAUACGAGCUGAUGUCGCUGACGAUGAUGACGCGAGAAGAAUUAUCGAUGAAACUAGUGAACGUUUCGGCCGGAUAGACAUCUUAAUCAAUAACGCUGGUGUAUCAGGAGUGGCUAAAUUGAUAUCCGGUAAAAUUAUUGAUAUCUAUGAUAAAAUUAUGCCCAUCAACCUUCGCGCAGUUGUGUUAUUGACGUCGCUGGCAACACCGCAUCUAAUAAAGACGAAGGGCAAUAUAGUUAAUAUAUCCAGCGUAGCAGCGAGACUCAUGGAUUCAAGGAGCGGUACGGCUAUGUACAAUGUUUCGAAGGCAGCUUUAAAUCACUUCAGUUUAUGCGCUGCUGAGGAGCUUUCUCGGUAUGGUGUCAGAGUCAACACUAUCAGCCCAGGUCCAGUAGUAACCGAUAUCUUGGUAAACACAAAUGCAAAGGCGACGUGGGAUGAUUUUAAAAAAAUCACUUGCCUGGACAGGGUUUCUGAUCCCGUGGAAAUAGUAGAUUUAAUCAUGUUUGUUGUAAGCGAUAAAGCAAAGUCUAUAACUGGUUCCAAUUAUGUCAUUGACAAUGGUGUUCUUUUAAAAUGUACAGCCUAUUAAAUUCCAAACAAACAAUACCCCCAUAUAGGUUUGCAGUAAAAUGUUUGAAAUAGGACAUUGAAUGAGGUUGUAUGUAAAUGUGAAGAUUAUAUUUUAAUAAAAUCGUCUACUAAAAAGAAUGAUUCAUAUAAAGGCUCAUCCACAAAAAAAAAUACAGUUCGCUGUAACUAACAUACCAUCACAGCGCGUUGCUGAAAAUGUGUGGAUAAACAAAUAUUUGUAGGUCAUUAAAAUUCUUAUUUUUCUUCGUUUUAAAAUCAAUUCUCACUGAAGUUAUUGACGGCAAAUACAGUCACAGUUUUUAUUUUAAAGAGCCGACCAGUCGGUCUACUGGAACAUUUAAGGUCUUUUUAAAUCAACAU